AGGAAAGAGAUCUUUGAUCCGUGUUUUCUAGCGUGCUCUCUGUUCGGCCCCUUUCAUCCGUCCUAUCUUGUGGAGCAACGGAAGCAUAGCAAUGCACUAGUUCUCCCACAGAAGUAUACGAUGACUAUCCGCGCGAUAGGCGAUACUAGCCUGGGUGCACUCAGCGGACACUACUCCUAGUAGUUUAUUACUAAUAAUCUCCAUCGCAAACGCGAACACCCCGAGUGCUUGAGCUCACGAGUCGCGCGCUCAGGGCUAGUCGACGUGACUAUUCGCUGGAUACGUCCCAAAAUUUUAGUUCUAGGAUCUCCCUUGCGCUCAGAACUAGUCGAUACUAUUUGACGCGCCUCCUCAAAGCCGAGCGGCCAUUCGACGAAGCUCUCUCCUUAUCAACAAUGGCCGACCCGCCGCGUAGAAAUGGCGAUUGCGGCGUAGGGUUGCGGCCUUACCGUGUGAACCCGACCAAAGGGAACAAAGGGAACCCGCGUCGCGUGCUAAGCCGGUCAGACCCCGCAUCGUCCCUUCGGCGCUCGCGUGUUACCUCCACGCCUACUUCUCUCGCGGCGCGUCAUGGCUCCGCCUCUACUUAUCUCCUCCUUGUCUUCUGCGCUGCGGCUGUCGCGCCGCGUCUGUGCACAGCCGGCGAUUUGGAGCCGGCUGCGGCGGCUGGUGACGUGGCGCCAUCGCACUACAGUCCCUUGGACUUCGAUCACCUUCACGAGUCCGCUCGUUACUAUCACGCGCUUAUUCAGAGGGCCCUGGCGGAAGCGCCAGGCAGGGCGCUUUGGGACCACCCCCGUUCUAAGCACGACGGACUGGCUCACGCCAGUUUGAGUCACGAGAAUCGCCGUCGCGGGCUGCAAGCCGCGGUUAUGGAGAACGUGACUCUCGCGCCGAACAGGACGCGCCGCAAGAACCCCCUCGACGGGCUUCGCGAGUACACCGGUGGAUGGAACCCUGCUAAUAAGGACUACUGGGCGUCCGUCGCCUGGUCCGUGGUCUACGCCCCUCUACUCGGCAUGCUCUGGCUCAUCCUGGGCCUCGGGAUUGUCGGCUUCACCCUCCUCACCUGCCUUUGCUGCCGCGACAAGUGGGACGAGAUGCGGGACCCCGCAUACGCCAAGUACACCAAGAAGGACCUCUACAUUCCGCUGGUCUUCAUGCUCGUGGGGAUAGUCGCAGUGCUGGUGGGUUUUUCGGUGAUGGUGGCGGGGGGCGUGCAGCUGCGUAACAGUGUGAACCAUGUUACCAGCUUCAUAACGGAGACGGUUGACUUCACGGCCAGCGUCGUCUACAACCUCUCACACAUUGUGGAGACGAGCGCAUCAAUCACCAUCGCCAACACUGUCAUUCCACCGGACAGGAAGGCGGAACUGCUAGCCAAGGCCCGGGAGACGAACCAGACGGCGGCUGAGCUGCAAGCCAAGACGGCGGAUGGCAUCACCAUCAUCAACGACGGACUGCGCGUCCUCACAAUCACCUUCUACGUCAUCGGCUGUGUCAUCACCUUUCUUUGCAUCUUCGCCCUGCUGUUUUCACUUCUCAAAUGGGUUGUAGCAUCCAAUGUGAUAGUCACACUCAUCUGGAUUGUCGUCUUCUUCACUUGGUGCACCACGGCUGGUUUAAUUAUUGCCUAUCUGGUCAACGGCGAUACGAGUGUGGCGCUGGAGCAAGUUCAGACGUCCCCCACCAUUAUGAGCGCCAUGGACAAGUACCUGCACUGCAUCCCCAGCGCCAAGAUCGAGAAUGCGACGCGUUACGCGCGCCACACCACCGCGACCGUGCUCACCACGGCAAAUACCUCUGUCACAAACAACGUGCCCGGGGCCUUCAAGCUCGUCGGUGCGCCGGGCGGCAUCUGCGUGCCGUACGGGCCGGCGCCUAACUACACUCGUGAUGACAGCCUCUGCGGUGACAGUACCAUCUCCUUCACGCAGUUUAUCAAUAAACUGUCGACGACGGCCAACAGCAGCGCCAUAGUGCCGGAUGUGGUCAAGAACGACCUCACUGCCACGGUGACGACUCUGGCGAUGCUGCAAACCACCAUCCCCAACGUGCUUGUGCUGGCCAACUGCUCUUACAUCGCCGAGAUAGCAAAGUUCAUCAUAGACGAAGCCAAGUCGAUGCUGACGGAUUUCCAGAUGCUGUGGAUCGGCUUCCUCGUGAUCACCAUCGCAUGCAUGAUGCAGGCCCUCUCCAUGCCCAUCUACGUCUUCCGAGCCGUCAGGCUCGGCGACAGGCUCGGCGAUGCCGAAGCUGAGGGCCUGUACAAGGCUUCAGCCGUUCCAGUGGCAUACCCAGCUGGGAACGAGCCUAGCACUGUCGAAGGUUCGGACAACACCUAUGGAGGCUCGGAGCAGCCUUAUUAUAACGAGGGGGGGUCUUAUGCUGGCGAAAGUGGGGCUGGUUACAAGUAAUUAACUGCUUGCACUGUCAUCGCAGCUCAUGGAAGCACUGUAGCGUUGUUACAGUGGGCAUGGGUAACCUUAGACAGACGUUCUCAAAAUUCGCAUAUUUAGGGAUUUUUGCUGUGGGUCUAUGAAUGUGUGCUUAGUUAUUG